CUUGCUUGCUGUACGCUUAGGAUAGGUAAACGUUUGUUUACAGAACAUCGGUAUUUUCAAAAUUAACAAGUCUGUAAAGUGUAACAUUUGUUUGUUGGACUCCUGGAAACACACCUUAACCAAAAGCUUGCAGGAUGGAGUCUCGCUUUGCGCACCUGUACAAGCGGGAUAGCAGUACAUCUAUGAUUCGGCUAAAGAUGUCCAGACGUCGUUCGCAAUCCCAGAAAGAGAACAGAGAAAAGAUCCAGAACAUGCGCAGACAUCUCGACAGGUUGCCGGAGGUCGACCUCUCGAUGGAUACUUCCACCCUCAUGGCUACUCAAGACAAAGCACCCAAAACAAAGACAGCCAGUGAUUCCAGUGAUGCGGCUGAGGAAAGGAAGAAGAUGCUUGCUCGAUACAAAGAAAACAAGAUGUUGCAAAAGGAAAAAGAAAAGAGGGACAAAGAGAAGAAAGGUGUGUUCAAGGUGGGCCUGUAUAAGCCACAGCCACUUGGGUAUCUGCCUUCAAACACUGCUGCGCCAAGCAGAGCCAAGGCCACAGAAAUGAGUCAGUCCACACGAAUGACCCGCUCGAUGGUGCAGAAUCAAAAGCUUGCAGUUGAAAGACAUGCUGUUCCAAAGAAAGUUGAGACCUUAUCAGCUGCCAGGGCUUCCACAAGGGACAAUCGAAAACCUCUGACUUCUACCAAAACCAGAGCAACUACAGCCGAACCACCUGGAAGAGCUCCAACCACGCGAUCAGCUGCUAAAACAGCACCAGAAGCUGUGGUUAAACCAGUUACUGAUGCAAGAGGUCCGAAAACAAGAUCAGCUGUUAAAUGUCCUGCAGUGCCCUCUUUAGGCAGAGGGAAAGUCAUACAAGGCAACAUGAAGGCAAAUGUUGAAAAUAAGCCUGCUGAGAUAAAGGACACUGCAGUUGAUGAGGAAGAGGAACCCAAAGUUGCUCCUGCGUCGUUUGCUCCUGAAGGAUUUGUGUUCCAGCCUCCUGUUGGUCUAAGGUCAUUUGAGCCUGUGCCACUCUCUCCAUCUUCAGCCAAUGCCUUCCUUUCACCAAGUUUUAAUUCUGAAGCCAGCAUGGAGCCUGCUUUGCCCUCUCCCCCAAAGCCUGUUCUGUCAUUCUCAUCUCCUCCACCUUCUCUGUCAGCCCAUAUGACAGAUCAUGCUGUCAGCCCUCCGUCAGUGUCCUCUCCUCCUCCUGCCCUCUUUCCUCAACCAUCCACCGAUGCAGCACCAUCACCUCCGUCUGCCCCAAUGGAGCCUCAGCAUGAUGUUGCCUAUUUUAGGGCAGAGAUGGCCAGUGAGACUGAGCGUUUGACUGGACUCUCUGAGCUGUGGGAGACACGAUUUGAUGACACUUCUAUACCAGAAGAGAUGCGAGAUCGGAUGCGCACCGCUGUCGGUCAGGCCAGACUGCUGAUGAAAGAGCGUUUUGGCCAGUUUAAUGGCCUCGUGGAUGACUGCGACUUUAAGCGCGGGGAGAAAAUAACAACCUGCACAGACUUGCAGGGCUUCUGGGACAUGGUGUACUUUCAGGUGGAAGAUGUUAAUAAGAAAUUUAAUUCCCUGAAAGAGGCGGAGGCGAGGGACUGGAAAGAGGAAGUCAAACCUGUCACCAAAAAAAGAGUGGUCAAAAAGCCUCCUGUUGUAGCAGGGAAGGCCGCAUCAGGUGUAGGUGGCAGUGCUGCAGCCAAGAGUCGACUGGCUGCUAUAAAGGCCGCAAUGAAAGCCAAGCAGGCUGAACAGAAGGCCACUGAGACUAUAGACAAACCCCAGGAGGACUCCAGCUCUGCGUCUGUGGCUGCAGUACAGUCUGUGGUCUUCCACGGCGGCUUCUUCCAGGUGGAAAGCCCAGUUAAGACGCCAGCUGCUGUCAGAAGAUCGUGUCGAGGUGUGGUUUCUUCCCCCUCAGCUACUAAAUUCAGCACUCCAGUCAGGCAGUGUAGAUCUACUGCCAUCCCUCGCGCUUCUCCUCUACCCUGCAUGCCCACCACACCAACUCGACCCCUUCAUUCUGACGUAUUACCUGUUUCUACCUCUCUGCGUUCUGCAGAGUCGCCCAAAGAUUCUCAGAUGACCCCUGACCACAUGCAAGCCUCACACACAGAUCUCUGCUUCAACAGUCAACCUCAGUUUGACCCCAGCCUAACCUGUACCCAACCGGAUUUUAGUAACGAAGCAGAAAACAGUCCAGCAAGGCAGUCUGAGUCCCCUGUUGAGUGUUCAGAAGCUCAGAUUGAGGACUGCAUCCCAGAGUCGAUGCUCAGCCCCUCUACUCAAGAGGAAGCAGAAGAUAAUGUGGUUUCUGAGGAGAUUUUGCAUGUCUCGGCUGGUGUAGAUGCUCUUUCGCAGUGCUCAUUUCAUGAAAAAGAACCCAGUGUCUGUUCUCCUGCUUCUCCUGCAAUGAUGCCCUCCACACCAACCAGAGAUCUCAACGCUUCUUCAGCUCUCAAUAAUGAGCUCGUCCUUUCAGCAUGCAGUAGCUCUCCAACCAGUGCUGAUGUUGAAAUGACUGGACCUCAAGAUGCUGAGGGUGCCACUGGUUUGGACUUUGAGCGUUACCUGCUGCCAUCAGUGGGAGACAUUGUGUCUCCAGAACAGAGUCUUGCAGCUGACAGGUUUUCUCUUGGAGUGAUGGAUGCGGAGAUGGAGAGUCCAGUGUCUCAGCCAGACGAGUCUCCAGUGGAUGUCUUGGCAUCUCCCACAGCUGUUCCCAGAAUGGUGUUCUCACACAGGAUCAGUCAGAUGCCGCCCAGUCUGCUGCUGUUCACCCCAGAACAGAAGGAGAGAGUGAGGCAGUCCGUGUGUGAACAAGACCUGAUGACAUUCACUCCUCCCACAAGCAAAUAAACACACAUUCGCUAUUAUUUAAAUGCGGAUCCUUUUAUUAUUCUUGUUUUGGUUGUUGUUAAAUUAGAUUCCUUUGAUACAUGUCCGUUUAUAUGCAGCUUACUUUUGUACUUUAUAAUGAGGGCAUUAGAUACAGCGA